AAAAGCAUUGCUGCUGUGGUUUGAAGAGAUCAACGUUGGAUCAAAAAUUACAUUUAAUGAUUUGUCUACUGAAGGCCUGAAAACAUAAAGCGCUCUUUAAUCGAGAGCCACAAACAAGUGAAAUAGCUCAGACCAAACUGGAGAUAAACUAAGUGUGUAUAUAUUCAGCUGCUCCUUCAAAAGUGAGUAAGAACUGGACAUUCAACCAUCAUCUAAGGGCAUCAAGGAGGUAGCUGGACUGAAAACAUUUACUAAUGGAGCCAUCUCAUCUGCCGACCAUGAACCUGAGCGUAACCAACCAGUCAGCCUGUCCAGAGGUUAACGUGCCUUUCCCUGUCUUCUUCACCAUCGGAGUGGUCAGCCUGCUGGAGAAUGCACUUGUUGUGGUUGCAGUCAUCUGCAACCGGAACCUUCACUCGCCCAUGUAUUGCUUUAUCUGUAGCCUGGCGGCCUUCAACACCACUGCCAGCCUGGCCAAAACCUUUGAGACUGUGAUGAUUGUGUUUGCCGACGUUGGGCAGCUAGAAAAGGAAGGGAACUCAGAAAGAAAAGUGGACGAUGUGAUGGACCUUCUGCUCUGCAUGUCCUUUGUGGGCUCUAUCUUCAGCUUCCUUGCAAUUGCCAUGGAUCGAUACAUAACAAUCUUCUACGCCCUGCGGUAUCACCACAUUAUGACCAUGCGGCGCACAGCAGCCAUCUUGGGAGCCAUCUGGACAACAUGUGGUGUCAUGGCCGGCCUCAUGAUCUGGUUCUCUGACUACAAGUUCAUCCUAAUUUGUUUUGUGGUCUUCUUCUUCAUCUCACUGGUGAUCAUUUGCCUGCUGUACGUCUAUAUGUUCAUGCUGGCUCGCAUCCAUGCCAGGGAGAUCGCGUCUCUUCCAACAGGGCAGAGUGUGAGGUGUCAGCGACAGCAGCGUUGGGGCACCAGCACGAGGGGAGCCUUGACACUCACCAUCCUUUUUGGGGCUUUUAUCGUCUGUUGGGCACCUUUUUCUUUUCACCUCAUCAUCAUGGCAGUCUGUCCCAUGAACCCAUAUUGUGAGUGUUACCGAUCACUCUUCCAGCUUCAUGUGGUGCUGCUGAUGAGCCACGCUCUCAUUGACCCAGCAAUCUACGCCUACCGUAGUGCUGAGCUCAGGCACACCUUCAGGAAGAUGUUCCUUUUUUCAAAAUGAACGCACAAGCUGCAAAGAAAUGUGACAGAUUUCAGGUGCAGAAUCAUGAAAUAUUUGAGUGACACAAAAAAAAAAAGCCAAAGUGAGCACUGGGCGAAGGUUAAUGAAACACUAUUAAACGCAUAUUCUAGUCCAGUAUUUUUCAAACUUUUUUAAAGCUACAGCACACUUGGUUUAGUGCUUAGUUGAGAGUCCUCAAUCUCAGUGCAGUACAGAGCUGAUAAGCGAAAAGCAGGGUUUGUAAGUAUAGUGGUAAAUCAAUUGUCAAGGCCACAGCAGAUGUUCUUCCUCAACGCUUUUUAUCUUGACCUUCAGUCUGGGUCAUCCCAUGCUCUUUGACUUCUUUUAGUACUUUCAAUAAUGUCUACUGAACACUUCAUUUUCCUUUACACGUUUUUUAGAGAGGAAGAUGGGCUUCUUUUGAAGUCUCAUGUAUGACAUGUAUAUGACACAAAAUGUCUUAACUAUUGAGAUGAUUUACAGUCUCUUACAGAGAAUACCUAAAGGCAAUGUUUGUGUGGGUGCUUGAAAUCCAUGAAAGGGCCUGAAGUUUGAUGUUGUGUUUUCUUGGUUCUGAAAGUGUUUUUUAAAUAAUUUUUAACUAAUUUCACGGUGACAAAGAGUUUGCUGAGCUCUCACGUUGAAACACUGUUCCUUAUCUCACAUGCUGUGUCUGACCAACACCUGUCAGAUGUUUUUUUUACUCGUCCCAGGAAGAGCACAAUUGGAGGAUUGCAAACAUACUGGUAGUUUGUUUGAUGGUUGAAACACA